CAAAAUCGGCAUUUCCAUCGUGAUUCUGCCGUGUUCUGCCGCCCUCGAUCGAUCGGAGCCGAUUUCCCUUCCAGUCGAGUCAACAUACGAAGAUCUGUCUGCUUAAAGCAUCCUCGGAUUUCAUAAGAAUUUAUAACGAUAGAGGAUAUCUUCACUAGUAGUAUUCCGUGAAUGAUAAAUUCAUCCUGGGCCCCAGGAGACAGCAUUGUUACAUCGAUCGUCGAUUCCAGUACCAAAUCGGACCGCAUAACUGCCAGAGUCUGGGGUUAUUAACUCAAUUAUGUGCAACUGAAGCCUGAGUGAACACGGGAUUUAUGCACGCUGACGUGGUUGGAUGCCGGGGAUUUUCGUUUCCUCCACACAACAGCUCACUGGACAUCAACCCACGUUCCCCUCCAGCAUGAGAUGAGUCUCAUCGUCAGGGUAAGAUGUCCGCUCUGGAAGUGCGACGGGCGAAUUCCAUCUCAAAGCGACACAUUCUUCAACAGGCGCGACGAGUGUUCCACAGCCAAACUCUCAGCCACCUAGUUCGCAUCGCCAUAUCCCUAGUUCUCUUACCUCUAGAUAACUCGAUCCUCUUCCUGGCGGUGUUCUUGACCUGUUUGUCGCCUUUCUUCCAACGGCUGGAAACUUUACACCGACGAAAGUCGAUACUGCAGGACUUGCAAUUCCGGCCAAAGACCGUUCUCGUUACUGGGGUGGAUACCCCGCACGGCCUCCGAGUUGCGCGAUGCUGGUAUAAUGAAGGCCACCGGGUGGUGGGUGCUGAUGUUACAGACACCAGAUUCGCUUCUGGGGAGAGUAUGUCGAGGGCCUUUGUGGCUUACUAUCGCGUUCCCAAAGCGCAGUAUAUUUCCAGGCUGCUGGAAAUUGUGCUGAGGGAGAAGGUGGAUAUAUGGAUUCCCUGCUGGCGCGAUGCGUCUGUUGUUGACGAUGCAAUGGCAAAGCAAGCAAUUGAGAGCCAGACAAGCUGCAAGUGCACCGCUCUUGAUACCGAACUAGCAAUCCAGUGGGGUCAGCUGGAGACAUUCAUCCCAUACCUGACCGAACGCAAUCUCCCGGUCGUCGAAAGCCAUCAGGUCCAGUCGCGAGACUCUAUACACAAGAUUUUACAUCGAUCGCCCACCAAGGUCUAUCACAUACGCAAACCAACCCCGCCAAUCAAUACGGAGGCGGUGAUUGUCUUGCCGAAAAGAACCCUUAGUUCGACAUACACCGAAGUUAGUCAAAUCCAGGUCUCCAAGGACAGCCCGUGGCUCAUGCAGCAGCAUGUUCGUUUGGGAGAGUUCAUUGCUGAGCUGUUGAUCGUCUGCGGCCACGUCACUGCUAUCAUGAUCCGCCCAGCUAGCCGAGACUCGGUUUGGGGUUGUUCACCUCUGGACGAAGGACUUUCGGCAGCAAUACAUAGGGUGGUGGGCAGCUUUGCAUCGAAAAGUGGUUCUCGAGUAACCGCGCAUCUCGCCGUGCGAUUGAUGGUGGACGAAGAGUUGACUUCAAAUUCUGUACGCUAUGAAGUGAAUAUUGCAGAUUGCAUGCAGGGUGCAGCUGCCACCGCCCAUCUUCUGCGGGAUACGCCGCCUCAGACUCUCGUCGAUGGAUACUUGGCGGCACUAUCAGAAGACGGCAUACCGAAGGUUUCGGCAAACCCCUUCACAAGUGAAAACAUUUCUCGGCUGCCGAGCGUGUAUGAAACUAUCAAGAGUUAUGAUGUCCGCAAGGUGCUUCCCGCCCUUUACCCUCUUGCGCAAGGCAUUGAUUGGGCGGUUGAUGAAGCCGGCAAGCUGCUGGUGUUUUGGAAGAACUGGCGGUUCUCGAUCGCGGACCCGUUACCGUGGUGGUGGCAUACACAUGUUUACUGGCCGCUGAGAGAGCUGGACUUGCUGCUCCAUCCGACCAAGCCAGCUGACGCUUCGCAAACGUAACGGGUUAUUAGGUAGCAGCUUUAUCUGUGGAAGCCGGAAGGCCACGAGUGAGUGGGUUCGCGGGAGCAUCUGCGAGGCUGAAAUCGCCGAUCGCGCGAUCCAGGCAAGCAUUCCUUAAAUAGAAGCAUUGAAUUCUCUGGCUUUCAUCGUUUCACAGCAACCCUCGCGGAGUUCGCAUGUAUCUUCAAGGUAGAUUUCUCCUUGGUAAGAGGAAAUUAAAAUCGAAUUCCAAAAAGCAUUUUUUUAUAAAGCGACAGUAGUAUUUCCUGUGAGGUGAUGAUGUCAG